GUGAUUGGUUGGGAAAGUUGGAGUAGGAAAGCUAAGCCUGACUGGUUUACAUGUAUCAGAAAGCCUUGAAAAUACCUGGUGUUCCCUACAGCAACCUAGUCUCUGACGUAUACACCUGGGUAACGUGUCUACUUUAGAUUAUAGUUUCUAUACCUGGGAAACGUGUCUUCGUUAUACUGUAGUUUCUAUACCUGGAUAACGUGUCUAAGACAGACUGUAGUGUCUAUACCUGGGUUACGUGUCUUCGUUAGACUGUAGUGUCUUUACCUGGGCAACGCGUCUAAGUCAGACUGUAGUGUCUACGUCAGUCAGGCUGCAGUGUCUACACCUGGGUAACGUGUCAAAGUAAGUUUGUUGUGUCUAUACCGGAGUAACGUCAGAUUAUAGUGUCUUCUACCCGGAAUUUCGGUGCCUUAACACGGGCUAUUGUGUGUGUAUACGCGGACCUUAGUGUUCCCACGGGAAUAAAGUGUCUACAUGGAAGCGUAUGUGUCUACACGACACUGGCGUAUCUUACCGGGACUAUAAGUGUCUUUACAGACUAUAAGUGUCUACAAGGGUCUGUGUUUUUGACACAGGAUUACCUAGUUCACAGAUCAAUAGUGAACAGGAACUGACCGCACCUGAUGAUGAGGCUGGACGGUGUGACGUUUGAGGCGGUGUUCGUCACGUGCUGUGCUAUACUGUCAGGUUACAAGUGUCAAACCACUGGCCGGCGGUCACCGCAAUGUUCUAAUCAGGGCGACUUAGUAAAAGGUCUGUGUGCCUGCAUCUCCGGGUACAGUGGGUACGACUGUAGUCAACUCGACCCAUCCAUAGAGUUGUCCUGUAUUGAUCCUUUUCAGUCGGUGGAAAAGGUGUGUUCUGGGCGCGGCAGAUGUGUUGGCGGUGUCUGUCAGUGUGCUCGACGACGGUCGAGAAUACCGGACAAGUUUAGCGGCGAGUAUUGUGAGUGUGACGACUACAGCUGUCCUUUCUACAUGGGCAGGAUGUGUGGAGGAGAUGCCCGGGGGAGGUGUAACUGUGGGGUGUGUCAGUGUGGCCCUGGCUACACGGGCGAGGCCUGUGGCUGUAGUCUAAUGACGGACGGGUGUGUGGCCUCCGAUGGGAGCCUGUGUAACAACCAGGGGUCGUGUGUCUGUGGUUACUGCCAGUGUGACCAGGACAGUAUCUACAGGGGGCCGACAUGUGAAGAAAACCCAGCGAUGAAUGGAUGUCGGGACCUGAAGCAGUGUGUCCAAUGCCGCGUGUUCCAGACCGGCCCCCUGUCCCCUUCCGAAUGUGCUAACGAUCAUGUCUGCUCUAACCUUCGGAUACACUCCGUGGAUACUUUAAAUAAACAUGAAUCAGACUAUAUAUGUCAGUUCACAGACGAGAAAGACGAUUGUUUGUUUCGGUUUGGCUAUUCCUACGAACAAACUGGCGCCAAGUUCGUGAAGGCAUCGACUGUCAAACAGUGUCCAGGACCUGGCAAUAAUGACCUAGACAUGACCUUGGACCCGGAAGUUAACCCCGUUCAGAGUGACGCGCCUACUGGCUUCCAGGGCAGUGGAGACCCGGAUAAUAAUGGCGCAAGCGUACCUUCGGUCAGUCUCUUAACAACUUUUGGAACCAUUCUCGUUGUAUUAUUCCGGUUAUCGUGAUAGUGAAUAGAUAGAUAUGUAUAUAUUCAGUGGCAGCCGUCGGACAUGCUCCUUUGUUGUCAAAGACGGAGGGAUAGCUGCCUAUGGAGACAUCUACGGGUGAUUUACGGACCAGGGACAUUGCUGAAUUUAACUCUACUGUGUGUGUACCUUGGGGUCUUCGAACGAGAAAUGGAAAUCCGAAAAGAUCGAAAAGAUCCGCAAAAGCCAUGGACAAAUUAGACCAUUAAACACCAAACUGCAAUGUAUUAUACAUUCAAUCACUCCAGUUUCACAAUAAUAGUCGAGCCAUUUUACAUGCCGCCAUGCCUUGAAUGUCUUUUAUCCGGGUGUUUCCUUGGCGUACAGUUGUAUUUGCCUUAUUAAGAUCAGAACUUUUCGCGUCUUUCAACACAUGGGCGCUCACCACGUGCUUAUGACACCGUCAAAACUCAAAGUGAACGUCCAUUACACAGAGCUGCUUCUUGAAGUGUGACGUACUACACAUAUUGCAUUUAGCCUCCUGGUGCGACAUACGACACACGUGCAAUUCGUUAGAUCAUGAAAGUGGGAGGACGGACUGCACUUUAAUCGUCAUAGUGUGACAUAGUACGCAUCUAAUUGGCUCUUGCCACACAGUUUAUCGGAUAAUAUAUUAUGACGUACUACACAUCUUGCUAAUUACUGUAGUGUGACGUAUAUGUGCAUUACUCUCAUUCUCGUUAGAAUCGAUGUAGUCACACAGGGCUGUUGUCAUCUGACGUACAACACAUCUUUGCUGGAUUCUGUUGUGACGUUUAACAGAUCUCGUGAGAUAUUACAUACGUUCGUUUUAGUGACGUUCUGAGUUCCAGGUGUCAUCGACAUGAAUACGGCAAGAUUUAGUAACUUUGUAUAAUAAUACCAUAUUGUUCUAUUGUAUCUCUUCGUGUUAUUUCUAUGAAUAUUAUUAUAGUAUAUUAUUUAUUUAUUUCACCAGUCAUAAAAUCAACUUUUAUGGAAAUGCUGUACAUGUGUAUGGAUGAACGGGCAUUUAGUGUCUUUGGAAUAAUGUUCCUAUUGCUUCGGUAAUAAUUAACUAGAAUGUUGCUGACGUAUAUUUGUAAGAUACUUAUUUAUUGUGUCGUGCUUUUUAGGGUACUACGGUUUUGUGGUAUUAGUUUUUUUUCCUAAAGGUGACAGUGCAUCGUUGUUUGG